AUGAUCCAAUAUAAAUAUUUCACUAAUGAUUCCUGUGAAUUAGAUGAACCGUGUAUCGGAAAUGCAGGAUGGAGAAGAGUACUAAUGUUUGAUUCGUCGGAUGAAAAUGUUGGUGGAGCGAAUUUGCUGAUAGGCGAGAUAUAUCAAGUGUUGGAUGAUUAUACACAAGUACAUGCUAGUGUGACAAAUCAUGGUCUUUACGAGUACGAUACGUGUCAUCGACAUUACCAUUUUACACAUUACGGAUCGUUUACAUUUGGAAAUUCAGAUCCUACUAAAGGAAAACGAGCCUUUUGUCUUAUAUCAACUGGGCGUCAAGCCAAUGCGGAAUGGAGUUCAUUAUGGUCACCAUUUUAUAGUUGCACUUAUCAAGGAUGCACUCCAGGCUGGACAGGUACGUAUUUUAAAACACUAUUAUUAUAUGCUCGAUGCAAAUUAUACGAUCUAUUCACAUAA